UGCCAACUAUAUCACAAACCAGCUAAGAAUAUUGUUGGAGGAGUGGUAUAUAUAGAGACACUUAAACAAAGUGUCAAGUAUCCAUGAUUGAGGAGAAAUGGAGAUAGAGAAAGGGAUUAAGAACAAUAUGGAGAUGGUAGAAAAAGAAGUGGAGACAGACAGCAAGAAAAUGAACCACCCUCGUCGAGGAGGAAUCCGAACAUUACCUUUCAUUCUUGCAAAUGAAGUAUGUGAUAGAUUUGCGGGCGCUGGAUUUCACAGUAACUUGAUAAGUUACCUAACCCAAGAGUUGAAUAUGCCAUUGGUAGCUGCUUCAAAUACACUCACAAACUUUGGUGGAACAUCUAGCUUCACCCCUCUUAUUGGGGCUUUACUUGCAGACUCAUUUGCUGGAAGAUUUUGGACCAUCACUGUUGGAUGCCUCAUCUAUGAACUGGGAUUGAUUAGUAUUACGGUAUCAACUAUACUACCACAUUUCCGUCCUCCACCAUGUCCAACACAAGUAAAUUGCAAAGAAGCCACAUCUUCACAAUUAUUACCACUCUACAUGUCUCUCCUCCUCACAUCUCUUGGAUCAGGCGGCAUUAGACCUUGUGUUGUACCUUUUUCGGCAGACCAAUUCGACAUGACAAAAGAAGGUGUAGCUUCUAGGAAAUGGAACCUCUUCAAUUGGUACUUUUUCAUCAUGGGUUUUGCUUCUCUAAGUGCUUUAACCAUUGUGGUUUAUGUUCAAGACAAUGUGGGUUGGGGUUGGGGACUUGGGAUUCCAACCAUUGCUAUGAUGAUAUCAGUAAUUUCAUUUGUGUUGGGCUCACCAUUGUAUAAGACUGUGAAACCUGAAGGAAGUCCUUUGGUUCGUUUGGCGCAAGUGGUUGUGGCUGCUGUAAAGAAAAGGAAGGAGACAUUACCUGAUGACCCUAAAUUUCUAUACCACAACAGGGAGCUUGAUGCUGCUAUUUCUUUAGAAGGAAGUCUUUUACACUCAAAUCAAUAUAAAUGGUUGGACAAGGCUGCAAUUAUCACAGAAGAAGAGGCCAAAGAUUCAAAUGCACCACCAAACCUUUGGAAUUUAGUCACUGUCCAUAGAGUUGAGGAACUGAAAGCUAUCAUCAGAAUGCUUCCAAUUUGGGCUUCAGGAAUUUUGCUCAUAAUGUCUUCAUCACAUUUAGGUAGUUUUGUCAUUCAACAAGCUCGUUCGAUGGACCGUCACCUCACUCAUUCAUUCCAAAUUGCACCAGCCAAUAUGUCAAUUUUUGGUGUCCUAACCAUGAUGAUAGGAGUUAUGCUAUAUGAACGCUUUUUCGUUCCAUUCGCCCGUAGAUUCACAAAGAAUCCUGCUGGAAUCACAUGUUUACAAAGAAUGGGAGUAGGGUUUGUGGUUAACAUUAUAGCUACUAUAGUUUCAGCACUAGUGGAAACGAAAAGAAAAACAGUUGCUGCAAAGUUUAACUUAUUGGAUGAUCCAAAAGCAAUAAUCCCUUUUAGUGUAUUUUGGUUAGUACCUCAAUAUUGUCUUCAUGGAGUGGCUGAAGUUUUCAUGUCUGUUGGACAUUUGGAAUUUCUCUUUGAUCAAUCACCUGAAAGUAUGAGAAGUAGUGCUACUGCUUUGUAUUGCAUAACUACAGCCAUUGGUAAUUAUUCUGGUACAUUAUUGGUAUCAAUAGUCCAUAAGUAUACUGGUAAGGAAAAUAAUUGGCUUCCUGAUAGAAACCUUAAUAGGGGUAGAUUGGACUACUACUAUUAUCUUAUUAGUGGCAUUCAAGUAAUAAAUUUAAUUUAUUAUAUAGUAUGUGCUUGGUUUUACACUUACAAGCCAAUGGGUGAAGUUUGUGAAAGGAGCAAGGAAGAAGAUUUGGAACAAGCAAGUGCAAACAUAUCAAUUGAGAAUUUAAAAGAUGGUAAGGAGGAAGAAAAGAAAGGGUUUACUAAAGAUGAAUGAAAUUAUGGUGUGGUUGAUAUUAUUCAGUAUAAAUAAGCUUGGUUAAACUCUCUCUAGUGAAUGUUUUUAGCUUUUGUAAAAAAAAAAAAAAAAAAAACUCUAGUGAAUGAAUGUUCAACUCCUAUAUGCAAGUUAAGUGUUUAAGAAAUGGAAAUAGUGUGAAGUUUUAUUUUAUUUUCAUAUUUACUUCUAUCAUAAUUUGAUAUUAAAAAGCACUUUGCUUA